GGUGAAGAUACAAAUGGAACUCUUAUUUUAGCGUAGACUGUACCUUAAACGUUUUCAUUCAAGUCAGCAUGAUUCCAGUGAUCCCGUUUUCCGUUAGCAACAUUACAUUCGUUCCUGGUGCUGCAUGUACAGUACGGAAGAACACUAGUUUUACAAGAUGCAGUUCAUCAAGGAAAAACACACGAUAUGCCUUACCCUCACAAAGAUUCAUCUUACCUCUAUCAACCUCCUUUAGUCCAUUUCGAAACUACAGGACGGGGCAUGCCUUACAUGGAAAACUGGGAAUUCGUUUAUCAGCCACAGGGACUGAUGUAGCAGUGGAGGAAUCAGGUUCUUCUGUGACGAAAGUUUCCGAUGGAGGAUCAGAAACACAACCAGAUGCAGUUGAAACAAGCGAACAAUCUACUAGCCAACCCGAUUCUUCAUCUGCUCCAGCUCAAUCAAAAAGAACAAGACCUGUGAGAAAAAGUGAGAUGCCACCUGUAAAGAAUGAGGAGCUUAUUCCUGGUGCAAUGUUCACUGGGAAAGUAAGAUCGAUCCAACCAUUCGGUGCUUUUGUUGACAUUGGAGCUUUCACGGAAGGACUGGUCCAUGUUUCCCAGUUGAGUGAUAGCUUUGUUAAGGAUGUUGCAAGUGUUGUUUCUGUUGGGCAAGAGGUGAAGGUGAGGUUAGUUGAAGUAAACAAUGAGAGCGGGAGGAUCUCUCUUUCCAUGCGUGAAAACGAUGAAUCUGGUAAGCGCCAGCCACGGAAAGAUGGUCCUGCCACUACUGAUAGGGAAAGGUCUCCAAGGAAGAACACUUCCAGGUCCAGCCAGAAAAGGGAUGUGAAAAGCUCAAAAUUCGUCAAGGGACAAGAGUUGGAUGGCACGGUGAAGAAUUUAGCUAGGUCUGGCGCAUUCAUAUCCCUUCCUGAGGGAGAAGAAGGAUUCUUGCCCCACGAAGAAGAAUCUGAUGACGGACUUAUGAGCAUGAUGGGGAACUCAUCGCUGCAAAUUGGCCAAGAAGUCAAAGUCCGUGUUUUACGCAUCACAAGAGGAUCAGUAACCUUGACGAUGAAGAAAGAAGAGGACGAUGACAAGUCGGACUCACAGGUUACCCAAGGUGUGGUGUAUACUGCAGCAAAUCCCUUUAUGCUGGCUUUUCGUCAGAACAAGGAGAUUGCUGCAUUCUUGGAUCAGAGAGAAAAGUCAGAGAAAUUAGAGGUUCAACCAUCAGCGGUCGAUAAGGAGACAACCACUGCCUCUACUGCAGCGGAUGAAAUGGUUGAAAAGGAAACAGAUACGGUAGCUGAUAUUGCAAACAAGGACGAGGAAACCACGGAGAAGGAAAAAGGCAACAGUGUUGAAGCUUUGUCUCCGGAAAGUAGUUUGGAAGUUCCAUUAGUGGAUGUGGUCGAAACCGAUGAAACAGCUGGAUCAUCUGAAGUCGUUGAUCAAGUGACAUCUGAAAAUUUAAUUGAUGCAGAUUCUACAGCAAAAGAUGUAGUACAAGAGGAAGUACCCAUAGCCGAGGAUCAAACUCCGGCUGCUGCAUCAGUUGAAGAUGAAGAAACUGGAAGUAUUCCUGAUGAACAAGUCGAAACACCUCUUGAUGAGUAUAAAACUCCCUCUGCAACUAUUUCGGAUGAAAAAGGCAGUGUUGCCAGCACAGAUGUACAACCAGAUCUUGCUGAUACCAAAGAUGCCGAUGAUACAGUGGAAAACAAUGCAAGUCCUGAUCCGUCUCAAGAAUCGGCUGAUGAUCAGAUUAAGUCUUCGGGAAUUGAAGCAGUUGAAGAAAAAGAGAAUCAAUCUGAGGAUACCAAGGAAGAUGUGCAGAUAGAGACAACAUUUUCUCCUGAUCCUUCUCAAGAAUCGACUGAUAAUCAGAUUAAGUCUUUGGGAAGUGAAGCAGUUGAAGAAGAGAAUCCAUCUGAGGACAUGAAGGAGGAAGCGCAGAUAGAGAGACCGGUUUCUGAGGGUGAAACUACUCCUACUUCAGAAGUUGAAGAGGCAGACCCUGCAUCUCAAAAGAACGAUGAGGUUACCGAUUCAAAUGGCACUACGCCCAAGGAAAAUGAGACUAAAGCAGCAACUAUAUCUCCAGCUUUAGUAAAGCAGCUCCGUGAAGAAACGGGAGCAGGAAUGAUGGAUUGCAAGAAAGCGCUUUCGGAGACCGGAGGGGACAUUGUUAAAGCUCAGGAAUUUCUCCGCAAGAAAGGCUUGGCAAAUGCGGAUAAAAAAGCCAGUCGAGCCACAGCUGAAGGAAGAAUAGGUUCUUACAUUCACGAUAGCAGGAUCGGUGUCCUAGUAGAGGUUAACUGCGAGACCGAUUUUGUCUCACGGGGUGACACUUUUAAGGAACUUGUCGAUGAUCUUGCCAUGCAGGUCGCUGCUUUCCCUCAAGUACAAUAUCUCGUUCCAGAAGAAGUUCCCGAGGAGGUUGUAAACAAGGAAAAAGAAAUAGAGAUGCAAAAGGAAGAUCUCUUAUCGAAACCAGAGCUAAUUAGAUCAAAGAUUGUUGACGGACGGAUACGGAAGAGGCUUGAAGAGUUGUCUUUACUCGAGCAGCCCUAUAUUAAGAAUGAUAAGAUGGUGGUGAAAGAUUGGGUAAAGCAGACAAUUGCAACCAUUGGAGAAAAUAUAAAAGUGAAAAGGUUUGUGAGGUUCAAUCUUGGAGAGGGACUAGAGAAGAAAAGUCAGGAUUUUGCUGCGGAAGUGGCUGCCCAAACUGCCGCAAAACCCGUUUCCACUGCUGGAAAAGAGCAAUCGACUCCAGUGGAAGUCAAGGAAGCCGAUGAGAAACCCAAAGUGGCAGUCGCCGCCGCACUUGUUAAACAACUACGUGAAGAAACAGGAGCCGGGAUGAUGGACUGCAAGAAAGCACUGGCUGAAACUGGAGGCGAUAUCCAGAAGGCUCAGGAAUACCUCAGAAAGAAAGGCCUUUCAACUGCUGACAAGAAAUCCAGCCGGCUUGCUGCUGAAGGCCGAAUCGGUGCCUACAUUCACGACUCGAGGAUCGGUGUCCUAAUCGAAGUCAACUGUGAGACUGACUUUGUUGGUAGAAGUGAAAAGUUCAAAGAGUUGGUCGAUGACCUAGCAAUGCAAGUUGUGGCCUGUCCCCAGGUGCAGUUUGUAUCCAUCGAAGACAUCCCGGAGAGCAUCGUGAGUAAAGAAAAAGAGCUUGAGAUGCAAAGAGACGACCUCGCGUCAAAACCAGAGAACAUCAGAGAGAAAAUCGUUGAAGGGAGGGUCUCGAAGAGGCUCGGAGAGCUUGCCCUAUUGGAACAGCCCUUCGUCAAGGACGACAGCCUGUUGGUUAAAGACUUGGUAAAGCAAACCGUUGCAGCUCUAGGAGAGAACAUAAAAGUUCGAAGGUUUGUUCGGUUUACACUUGGCGAGACAACCGGAGAUACUAUAACGGUAACUGAAGCAUGAGAGCGGAAAUCGUCGGAACUUCCAUUGUCAACAGCGUGGAGCAUUUUGGGUAAAUGGAGGUAGGAACUAAUUUUGGACGAGAGGAUAAUCAGGUAAUUUUUUGUUGUGUUUAAGCGAAGUUUUCUUUGUAGUGGCCU